AUGAGUACUACCACAAAAAGUAGCAAUUCAAACGAUUUUCCAAAUAAUAGAAAUACCUCACUAGGAACAAAAAGUUCUGAUAGUUGUGCAACCUCUGUAUCCUUUGAUAAGAAGUUGGAGAGUGCAGAUUCCGUCACAAAAGCGAGAAGAGCUCCGAUAUCGAUCACCACAAACGCUUGUGUCAAUUGUAAGAAGGCUAAAGCGAAGUGUAAUGGUAAACAACCUUGUACUCGUUGCACCAGCCAGAGGAAUUUAUACCAGGAAGGAUGUGUUUAUGAGCCGCAUACCAAGAACGCGAAAUCAAUACUAGUGAAGCAACUUAAAGAGAGCCAUGAUAUCAAACGCAAAGCGGAAAAAAUCUUUGCACGGCUUGCGAAUGACACCGAAAACGAACAUGAUAUCCUCGAGCGUAUUAAGAAUAGAAAAUCGAUCACGGAAAUAGCUAAUUGGCUAGAAUCUAAAGAGAGCAAUAGUGUAUCCCAAUCGUCUAGAUAUGGAUGUUCCAACAACAACCUCGACGAUGAUCUGCCUAAUGAGUCUUCUUGGACAACAAUAACAGACGAUGACGAAGUAAUCUCCCAUCUUAUGUCCCUGUAUUUUACAUGGGUUCACCCCUUCUACCCUUUAUUCAAUGAAGGUUACUUUGUGGAAAGUAUGAAUCAAGGGUUGGACGCAUUUUGCUCGCACAGUCUGUUUAAUGCCAUCUGUGCCAUGGCAUGCUACCUCCACACCAGCAUGAACGACGAUACCAUUGACUACAAACAAAUGGGCUCCCAAUUCUCUGAUUUGGUUAGGAGCAGCAUCGACCCGCAAGACAAUAGCCUAACGAACAUCCAAGCAUUUGCGGUCAUGUUCUUGGUACGCUGUGUAGAAGGGCAAGGGCUUAGUGGUUCAAUAUACCUGAUCAUCGCAAGAAGAUCUAUAGAGAGCCUCAGACCAAACAAUAGUGAUAGCGUUAAUUAUCAACAAGCUUUGAGGGAAACGAUUAAAGGAAUAAAUAGCCUAAAUGUCGAGUGGGCUCAGAUGGCCUUCAAGAUGUCACCAGCUUACAUUCCAGACUUGCAGCCAACUCAAUCAGCUAAGGAGAUAAGCUUAUGGGAGGAUGGAGUUGACAAUCUCAGUUGGGCGCCGUAUCGAUUCCCUACAGAAUUCACAAGUGUACCGAUAUUCCCCUGUUUGACGGCAACCACCAAUCGUGAAAAAAUGAAGCUCGUUGAUAUCAUUAACGAUAUUACGAUACUCCUUUAUAACACAACUGGUCCUCAAAUAUCUGCUGAAGCUUUGUGGAUCAUUUAUCGCAGAUUGUUGACUUGGUAUGAAGAUCUACCAGGGAGCAUCGCCAGAAUAGGUGGAGAAGAAAUUCAAACGCUACCACAUGUACUUUCGUUGCAUACAUUAUAUAACACAGCAGCAGUCUAUCUACUAAACCCGCUAUUGGGGUUCAAAGAACCCCAAUUUGAUGCACUGGUUAGACAACAUGCAAAGGAAGGGCUCAGCCUCAUUAUCGAUCGAUAUUGCUUUCAAUAUACAUCUCGCUACCAACCCGUCUCCCAAAUAUUCGCUGUACUAUAUCUAACUGAGGUUCUGAUUCAAUCCUCUCCAGCAACUACUGAAGACUCGGACAAAGAUGCUUUAGCACUAAUAAAGGUAGCUACUGAUAUCUUGACAGAGUCAAAUAGUAGCUUUCCUGUUGCUAGAAUAUUCAUGGGAAUGCUUCAAGAAAAUACAAGGAGAUUGUUGACCCCGUUGCCGAAUGAACUUGAAGAUCUCUUCCGUCGUAAUUGUCGCAUAUCGAAAUUUCCUUUAGACGAUGCCGUCAAUGCAAUUGGAAAUAUCACUUAUGCUCAGCCAGUUGAAGAGAUUCGAAAAAGAUUUCAUUCUGAUUUUAAAUAUAGAUGGAUGAUGCAUGCCGCUGCCGGAUAUCCCAAGACCUUCUACAAACCGUCGAUCUCACGCCAGCCUUCAGGUGAAGAAACAGGUGCACAGAACCUAAUGCGAAUUCUCAACCUGCAAAAUUACAAUACAGAUUGA